UCACAAGGAUGCCUUUUCUCCUUGACAGCCGCUGCGCUGCCCUUUUAAAUGGGCAUCGAUCCGAACAGUACCGUGGGAUGGCGAGACCGACACGGAGGCGACACGACUGCCGAGGAAUACUCAUAAUCACGACAAUAACAGCAGACAAGCAGGGCUCGAUCUGUCAGCAAAAACAGCACCGUGAGGACAGAACGUGACUGGUCAGGAUUCAUUGCGUGUCUGCGGUCUUCACACGCUACCCUGACACCGCUCUGCCGUCUGAGAAACCAGGGCAUUAAGUGACCAAGUAGAACUGCAUUAUACCCAGGCAAGCACGGUCCUGUGUGUUCUGGAGAGGCGCUGGCAAUGCGGAACACCAUGUUGACGUGCUGUUUUGUCAUCCCCCCCUCCCUCAGGAGACGAGGAGCGUGGCCCCCCUCCAACAUGGAAGCCCCCCUGAAGAAGCACCUCUUCUUCUUCGACUUCGACGAGACCAUCGUGAACGAGAACAGCGAUGACUCUGUGGUGCGCGCGGCUCCGGGACAGACGCUGCCCGCCUGGCUGCGGGAGAUGCGACGCGAGGGGCACUACACCGAGUACAUGGGGCGCGUGCUGACCUACAUGGGGGAGCAGGGCGUGAGGGAAGAAGGGUUCCGCGCCGUCAUCGAGAAGAUCCCCGCCUCCCCGGGCAUCAUGGGCCUCUUCCAGUUCCUGAAGGCCAAUCAGGACCUGUUUGAGAUGGUCCUGAUCUCUGAUGCCAACUCCUAUGUGAUCGAGACCUGGCUGUGCGCGGCUGGGCUGCGCCCGCUUUUCCACUGCAUCCUCACCAACCCCGCCUCCUUCAGCUCCCGCGGCUACCUCUCCCUGCAGCCCUGCCACUCGCACGCCUGCCCGCGCUGCCCCGCCAACAUGUGCAAGCGCAAGCUCCUAGGGGAGUACCUGGCGCAGCGGGUGGAGGAGCGCGGCGGCCGCCCCUUCGACAGGCUCUUAUACGCGGGGGACGGGGCCAAUGAUUUCUGCCCCUUGGUGCUGCUGGGCCCCGCGGACACAGCCUUCCCCCGCCGUGACUACCCCAUGCACCGGCUGGUCAGGGAGAUGCAGCAGAGCUCGCCCGCCGCCUACAGGGCCAACGUGGUGCCUUGGCACAGCGGAGACGACAUCCUGCACUACCUGAAGAAGCUGCUGGGCAGGAAAGUUGGUUGAUUUUGAAGAGACAGCAGGCUCUCCUCAUGGGAUUGUGAAAUCUGUGAAUUCAGUGGAGAGGUCAAAGCCUGCCAGAGAGCUGCAAUCCUGGAGCUGACUGAUGGAGUCCCAAUUCAAAGCGGGUUGGCCUAACCCGGUUUGCUGCUAAUGGAAACGCGCAGGACUGGUUUCAGACCGCUUUUGACUCGGUCCCGGAGAAUGGCAGGUGGAAAUGAGGCAUGAUUGAACUGGGCUUCAGGAGUUGUGUGAUUUAGGAGCAGCUUUUACAUUUGAGUGAAUGGUUCCUCAGUGCUGUACUGCACAAAAAUCACUACAGUCCCAGUUUUAUAGUAAUUUAUGUAUGGAAAUAAAUCAGGUGCACGUUGCAAUUCAAGAUGAACAAAUGAUGGCACACAUUAUAACAACCGCCCUUAGCAUGCGUCUCUGUGCAUGCCCUGAAGGUUACUAAGUGAACAUGCCUCUAAUAUAUUCUCUAUGCAUGCCCUGAAGGUUACGAAGUGAACAUGCAUCUAAUAUAUAUUCUGACGAUGCAUUGAAAACUUCCAACCCACUGUUUCAUGAUGAGAAAGCACUUCCUGAAUGCCAGCCUGUCUGAUGUGCGAGUCGUGUGUUGUAGUUUGGUCUGUUUGUACAAUUCUGUGUUUUUUAUAUAGAGUAACAUUGCAAUAACACCUCAUAGUCGGGGACACAUCCUCUUUAUUCAUAUCAGCUCACUGAUAGCCUUCAGUAGGCUUAUUACAUCAACCUAUACCUCUAUUACUGCUCAUGGUUUAACUUACAAUAUAUAUAUAAUGUUACGGUUCAUGUGUAAAAUGGAUAAAUCUAUAGAUUAUUCAGUAAAUGUGUAGAUUUACCACCUCAGCGGUCAAUGUAUAAAAUAAAUCCUACAGCAUUUGAGGUGAAUUUGGAAGUAACAUCAGGGAGCUUAAUGGCAAUUAUUUUAUUUUUUAUUUUUUUUAAUUAAUAUUUCUGUAAAAUCUUUAGGUCCUGUACUUGGGUAAAUUAACUUCACUGCAUCCCUUCUUACAUUAUUAUUAUUAUUAUUAUUAUUAUUAUUAUUAUUAUUAUUAUUAUUAUUAUUAAUAAAUGUAUUUAGCAGAGA